AUGUCGGACAGGCCAUCAUCUUCUUACACGGAACAUUUCCAUCUCCCACACACUCCAUUUCUCUGCUACUACUGCACCUCUAGCAUCACGUUGGUCUGCCCGCCUCCGGCGUCGGCGUUCGUUGAUGCCUGUGUUGUUGAUGUCGUGACUCUGGCGUCGGCGUUCGUUGAUGCCUGUCUUGUUAAUGUCGUGACUCUGGCGGCGGCGUUCGUUAUAUGCCUGUCUUGAUGUGGUGACUCUGGCGUCUCUUCGCGUUCUUUUCGAUGUUGACGGUCCUCCGCUCGGCGUACAAGAUGCGGUCCCGCUGGUUUCUCCGCAAGCGCUGUCUAUCUAUCGCAGUGUUCUUGUUGAUGCCCAUGUUGUUUGUGGGGACGAUGACUUCGCAGGUGGAUUGUGGGGUGGAGGUGGGUGUGUCUCGGGUGUCUUAUGGUCAUCUGUAA